AUGGACAUAGCAGCAUCAACAAACAGCAGUUUACAUAGAAAAAGCAAAGUCCCCUUCCAAAAAGACGGAGACAAAAGCGGAUCCAGACUGAUUGUGAUUAUGGUUGGAGCUGGGCCUAAUGCGUUUGAUAUAUCCAGAGAUAUUGCUAAAGUUGCCAAAGAAGUUCAUCUUUCUUCAAGAUCCCAUAGUGUUAAAGUCUCAAAAUUAGAAAACUAUGACAAUAUAUGGCAGCAUUCAAAGAUUGAUUAUGUUUAUGAAAGACGGUACAAAUACCAUGUUCCAUUUCUGAAAAUAAAUGGAACUGUGACAAUCGAUGACAACCGUAGCGGGCCACUUUAUAAGCAUGUCUUCCCACCCCAGCUUGGUCCUUGGCUCUCCUUUGCCAAUGUAUUUUCUUUGCUGGAGCUACAAUCCAAGUGGAUAGCGCACGUUUUAUCCGGUAAGGUGUCUCUGCCAUCCAAGGAGGAGAUGCUGGCUGAUGUUGAACAACAUUACCGGCAUAUGGAGGAAUCCGGGAUCCCCAAACAGUAUACCCAUCAAAUGUAUCCACAUGAGUUUGAGUACGUGGACUGUUUGGCUGCUCAAGUGGGAAUACCACCUCUGGAGGAGAAGAGAAAAAGGUUAUACAUACAAAUUUGGAAGCUUGCUGCUGCUUCUCAACUGGCGUUAUCCAGGGACGAUUGGGAUAUUGAUAACUGGAUAAGCCAGGCUAUUUAA